CUAUCAACGGCACAUUGCUCGAUAAGACGGCACCAGCCUUACGAGUUGUACAAGGCCGAACUACUGCAGCAGUACUUUGCCACAGUGGACUGCAUGGCCACAUAUCUCAAAAACCUCGGCGGCAUUUUCGCAAACGAGAUUUUCUACACAGUGUAUUACUCAAGGGAGGCGAGCUUGUUUCAUGCCGUGACAAGAGACGUGAAGAUAUAUAUGUCUCUUGCGUCCGAGGUGGCCGGCCAGAGAGUACUUUCCGUUGGCAUAGACUCUGCUCAGGUCAUGACUCUGCACUUCAAAGAAUUCAAGUAA